GACAAACAAUUGGUGUUUUGGGAUUUUUAAAAGGUUGGUCUAAAACCAAGUUUCGUGUUUAUAUUAAUCGCUUGAACGAAAGAGAAUAUCUUAUUUGGGUGCGAGAUUUCGUUACGCAUAUAUACACUGUUUUUAUUUGACCACUGGCUUGCAAUUAAUACAAGUGUCUGAAUGUUAAAUUCACGAGAAAAGGAAGUCGUAGUGGGAGUCAUGAGAUAAAACCCAUAUCUUACACAUGUCCUAAGUGGGUUAGUAUUGUUUGUGAAACCACAAAGGUGUUUAUGUGACAGUGUGCUCUUUGUGAUCCGUGUGGAUCUAAAGAAACGCGUACAUAUAUCACUGUAUAUAAACACAACAAACCUGACCCAAAUAGUGGAGCUUUUACGAAAGAUCAAUGCUUGCAUGUUGAAAGAACUUGGAGCAGGUACCCUUUGAACUGUGCUGUCAUAAAACCUCAGCGUUAUAGUACUCGGGAGAUAGAAAAAUGUCGACCAGACGAAAACUUGGAUAUUAUAUCAUAGCUUCUGUUUUAUUUAUUUUCCUAGCUAGAUUGUGCUAUCCAGUAUUUGUGAUUCUUCAAGAGAACUUAUCAUUUUGGAAUUUGUUAUGUGCACUUUGUUUAGGUUUGGCUUUCAUUUUCAUACCCGUGGUUUCGGGUACAGUUUCACCGCAGGAUAAGGCAGUUCUGAUUACAGGCUGUGACAGCGGUUUCGGCCACAGUUUGGCUUUGAAUUUGGCCAAAAGAGGAUUCACUGUUUUUGCUGGUUGUUUGUUUUUGGAUCGCGAGGGCGCACGUAGUUUGAAAGAAAGUUCCAAUAAUAUACACGUGGUGCAACUGGACGUUACAGAUGAUUGGCAAGUCCAAAAAGCCGUGCAGACCGUCAAAGAAAAUCUAAACGGGAAAGUAUUGUGGGCACUGGUUAACAACGCUGGCAUAGCAACAUUUCAGGAGAUAGAAUGGUGCUCCGUCAACCAGUUUCAGCAAAUAAUGGACGUCAACGUCAUUGGCGUUGUCCGGGUUACCAAAGCGUUUUUGCCGCUUCUUCGCGAUGGAGAGGGGCGGGUCAUUAACGUAGCAAGUCUGGCUGGUCGUUUCACUGUACCGGCAUUUGCUGCCUACUCAAUGUCGAAGAAAGCAUGUAUUGCGUUCUCGGAUGGAUUACGGCAGGAAAUGGCGAAGUUUGGUGUCAAGGUCAUUACUAUAGAACCCGGAUUGUAUAGGACGCCCAUUGUUGAAUCGGAUUACCUUAUAAAUGCCAACCGGAAGUCAUGGGCCGAAACUCCAUCCGAAGUCAAGGAGGUGUACGGAGAGGAAUACUUUGAUGCAUUCUGUAAGAGUAUUUCUACGCAUAUGAGGCGCGCACGUAGCAACGUUGGGGAGGUUGUCAAACAAAUGGAAGAGGCCGUUACAUCUGCAAGUCCAAAGCAUCGUUAUGUUCCUUAUUGGAUGUCAGACUUAAGGGCAAACUUUCUGGGUAUAUUGCCCGAUGAAGCUCGUGACAAGGUUUUCAUGAAAACGUAUAAACUGCCAGCGAAGCCAGCACAAACACCAAAAAGCCUGUCGAGACAAAACUCAGCUUCGCCCACGUUUAAUCUGACGCUGAAAAAUGUGUUCCGACAAAAUUCAGAAUCCAAGAAGCCAUGACGACUUGAUUGAAAUACCGCCUUAAAACGAUUUUAGUUAUGCGUUUCGUAUCCUUGUUUUUACGGACAAUCAUAUUUGGAAUUAUCCAGACCUUUUAAAUAACAAUCUCAAGGAUAUUUUUUAAAGAUUUUAUUUAAAACAGGAAUAUACUUCAUAUCUCAGAGGAAAAUGAUAUUAAUCAAAGAAUCUAAUGAUAGCGUGGCCUGAUUACGGUAUAGACGAAUUACCAUUUCUUAUUGCCUUUAAUCGUCAGUGCAUCUUUUGGUAAAUUUCGUGACAAUGUGUCGGUACAACUAGUCUUCCUGCGGUUAUCACUUAGAAGGAAUUUAAACUGAAACCACAGGUGCUUGAGGAUAGGACACCCCCUUCCCACGAACAUAUAUCCCGGGUCCAAAGAUAUAAUUAUUUUGUCUUUUUCAUAAAUUAUUCUUCUGUAUAAUGUGUUCAGUAUGGAAAUUUAAAAACAAAAUAACGCAGAUUAAACUUUUAAUUGAAAAAAAAUCAUACCUGCGGUAUUAUAAAUUUUUAUAUAAUUUUUUGAAAAAGGGAAAUUUCAUAUGGAAUACAUUGUAAAUGUAUGCUAGAUGAAUAAUUUAUGAAAGAAGACAAAUAAAAAAUAUCUAUGGCCCUGGGGGUGUGGGGUUCCUUUCAACAAGCACCUGAAACUAAAAUAACAAAAAUCUCAUUCUUUGGUUGUUGAAAAAUACUUGAAAUCCGGACUUGGUUGUUGUAAGACGCUUGAAAUUAGAAGCCAAACUCUGUUGUGCAAAGUAAUUAUUUUUUUCAUAUCAGUGGUGAAUUCAGUUCUUAUAAAUGUGUAUAUAGUAUAUUAUAUCUUAUGUAUAACUCAUGUUUUAAUUAUGUUUUUUAGCCUUUAUGUAUUUUCAGAUUUUUUAAA